AGCAAAAGUUUUCAUGCGACUAGUCGUUCAAUUGGGUUUAGCCCUCCCCGCCGUCGCCACCGUAUUCCUCAAGGAGACCUUCCCUGACGGUUGGGAAGAGCGUUGGACAGCGUCUCACUGGAAAGGGGAAGAUCUCCAUGGGAAAGUUGAGCACACCGCCGGGGAGGUUUUUGCUGAUGAGAAGAAGAACAGAGGCCUCAAAACCGCUGAGGAUCAUCGUUAUUACGCCUACAUUAGAGAGUUGGACGAUCCCUUCUCGAGUGAAGACAAGGAGGUCAUCUUCCAGUAUCAACUCAAAUACGAGAAGUCUAUGGACUGUGGUGGAGGUUAUUUGAAGUUCGCCCCGAAGAUGGAGAACCUCUCAGCCUUCAACAGCGACUCAGUAUACAACAUUAUGUUCGGCCCCGACAAGUGUGGCUUUAAUAGUCGUACACAUCUCAUUUUCAAUAACAGCAAAGACAACAUACUUAAGACUGAGGAUUUGCCGUAUAAACAGGAUGAUACGCUUUCGCACGUGUACAGGCUUGUACUUCGUCCCAACGACACUGUGAGGGUCGAAAUUGACGGCGAGGAGGUCUUCGACGGCUCUAUUGAGGAGAACUGGCAGUUCGCUGAACCUAAGGAGAUUGACGAUCCUGAAGACUCCAAGCCUGACGAUUGGGUCAACACACCCAUGAUGGACGAUCCGGAGGAUAAGAAGCCCGAGGACUGGGUGGAAGAAGCGAAGAUUCCUGAUGAGAAGGCUACCCAGCCUGAGGAUUGGGACGAAGAGGAGGAUGGCGAGUGGGAGCGACCUAUGAUCGACAAUCCGGAGUAUAAGGGGCCUUGGACGCCCAAGCUAAUAGCCAACCCUGACUAUAAAGGGGAAUGGAAGCCUAAGAAGAUACCUAACCCGAAGUACGUUGCUGUAGAGAAGAUGCACAAGUUUGAUUUUGGUACCGUUGCUCUCGACGUAUGGCAAGUCAACUCUGGUGCAAUUUUCGAUAAUAUCAUCAUCACUGACGACCCGAAGGAGGCGGACGUCUUGAUAGAAGAGUUCAAAGAGUUGAGGGCUGUCGAGGAGGCUAAGGCGAAGGAAGAGAAGGAAAAGCAGGCGGCGGAGAAGAAAGAGGAUGAGGCGGCGGAAGAGUCAGUCGAAGAUGAGGAGGACGAGUCGGAUGAAAAGAAAGACGACGUUACGGAAGAGGACUUGUAGAGUCUAUUUAUCACCAACCAUGUGUUGGACUUUUUUUCACACCAACAUCGUAAGGAUUAGCAAAUAAAGGAAGAAGUUAUUUUACCUGUGGUCAUUCUCAAGCUGGAAGUUUCAUAGGGACAAACCCUGGAUA